AAAAAGAAGGGGGGAAAACAGCAUUAUUUGAUUUUCUUUUUCAAACAUCAUCUGAAUGAAAGGCCAGACUGAGGCAACGUGCCACCAUGCCCGCCGUUCCGAACCGGGCCCGGGCCCGGGACAGGAACAACGUCUUGAACCGAACCGAGUUUCUCUCCCUCAACCAGCCCUUGAGAAGUGCCCAGGAGUCUCGGAGUUUCAACCGGCGGCUGAACAGCCAGGGCGGCCCUGCCCCGGCCCAGAGCGAGGGGGCCAAGGAGCAGCGCCAGGCGCAGCAGCUGCCGGAAGAGGACUGCAUGCAGCUGAACCCCACGUUCAAAGGCAUCGCCUAUAACUCCUUGCUGGCCAUUGACAUCUCCCUCUCCAAGCGGCUCGGCGUGUGUGCCAGCAAUGCUGCGGCGUGGGGCAAUGCCCGCUCCAUGAUCAACCUCAUUGGCAUCACCGGGCAUGGCAUUCCCUGGAUCGGGGGCACGCUCAUCUGCUUGGUCAAAAGCAGCACCCUAGCUGGCCAAGAAGUCCUCCUGAACCUACUCUUAGCCUUGCUCUUAGACAUUGUCAUUGUGGCUGGCUUACAGAAAAUGGCAAAACGGAAAGGUCCUUAUGACGUCAGUCCAGGGAUUUUGGACUACCUGACUAUGGAUGUCUAUGCCUUCCCUGCUGGCCACGCCAGCCGAGCCGCCAUGGUCUCCAAGUUCUUCCUCAACCACCUGGUUUUAGCAGUCCCUCUCCGGAUCCUACUCGUCCUUUGGGCCUUCUUAGUGGGACUGUCCCGAAUCAUGGUGGGACGCCACCACGUCACCGAUGUCCUUUCGGGCUUCGCCUUUGGCUACAUCCAGUUCCGGCUGGUGGAGAUCCUGUGGAUGUCCUCCAACACUUGUCAGAUGCUCAUUUCUAUGUGGUGAAGAGGAGGGGCGCCCUCAGCUUUCUUUCAUUUUCUGUUUUAAGACACGGACAAGGCGAGAGAUCUCUGAAAGGGAGGCGUUUCGUGAAGGAUCCAUGGAGUACAGUGUCUUCUUCCAGGAGUUGAAGCUGGACCUCAUGAGGCUGAAGAGACAGCUGGGUCUAAUCUGGCCACGCCUUCUGGGAAUCAUUGAGACUGGCUGAUGUAUGUGGCUGUGGAUGCCCAGUCCAGUGAACAAGGACAGCACUGCAUUCUCUUGCUAGCCGGCCGUCGAGACAGUGCAGUCUCCAAUCCCAUAGCUCUCGCUUUUUAAAAUGAAGACCAUCGCAGAAAGUCUUGUCAUGGAGGUUGAAAAACACAGGAUGAACUUCCUUCCCCAAGUUGAGCUGUCCGCCAGUUGUGUGGUGACCGUCGUUCUUGGACAUCCCAGCUUCUAUGCCUACUUUCCCCAACCUGGGCAUCAUCCAGAUGUGUGAACUUCAGUUCCCAGAAUUCCUUAGUCAAUAUGGCCACUGCUAAGAAUUGUGGGAGGAGAAGGGCACCCUCCAGAAAGGUGGAUUUCAACUCCCAGGGUGGGAAUUCUAGAAGCUGAAGUUCAUGCAUUGGAGAGUGUCCCAUGGGGAAAGACUUACACCAUGCCUUAUAAAUUCCUGAUAAUGACACAAGAGUGUUCUGGCAUCUGUUACACAUUUUUCCUUGUUUUAUUGCCCAUUUCUUAACCAAGCAAAAUUCUGCUUGGCAGAUGGGAAGGAACCGGUGAGUAGGGUGGUGGACUAAAAUGGAAAAAGUAAUCCAGCUCAAAUCAUCAUUAGCUGCGAAAUUCACAAGGCAGUAGCCAAGUUCACACACAGGAUGCCCUGAUGUAAACCAUCAUUUACAAAAUAAAGGGAUUGGAUUCACACAUGGUGCAGAACAAAAAUCAAACCAACUAAGUUAUGGCUUAGAGCAGCGUUUCUCAACCUCAGCAGCUUUAAGAUGUGUGGACUUCAACUUCCAGAAUUCCCCCAGCCAACAUGCUGGCUGGGGGAAUUCUGGGAAUUGAAGUCCACACGUCUUAAAGCUGCUGAGGUUGAGAAAUGCUGGCUUAGAAAGAGGUGUAAGCCCAGGUUCAAGUUGAGCUUCCACAUUAUGCUUAAAUGUGCUUUGUUGCACCAUCAGUGGUCAAGUUCACAAAAGAUGCUAAGCCAUAAACCAGGAAUGACAGUGGCUGAGUUUGCAGAUGGAGUGGAUUCAAAACCAAGCCAACCACUUGAAAGUUGUGAAGGGUGAGUCCAGACAUUGUAAAUCCUACUUUACAAAACCCUACUUUACAACCAAGUGAUGUGUCAAACCAGGAAACUGUGGUUUAUGUUCUAAUCAUGCCUAAAGAAACCCUGGCUUAGGAUUCACUUAAGCAACCCUAUUAUGUUUUCAAGUCAUGGUUCAUGCAGUGCAGCAUUUAUGCAAACAAGGCCCCUAUGGCUUGCUUCUUAGACCAUGGUUAGGUGAACCAUAGCCAACCAAUAUCACCAAACUCACAUUGCGAGGCUAAAAUGGGGGUGAAUGAAGCAUUGUCUUAACUUCUCUUGAGGGAGAUCCAGGUAGAAUAAUUAAAUGGCAAGCUAUGGUUAAAUAUGGCUGUUUCCUCUCUCUACUACAUGUAGGAGGCAUCACAUGGAUUUUGUGGCGAUCUUUGCAGUCUUUAUCACUUGAUAAAGCUGGAUUUUAACUUGUAAUAAAGGGUCUGACAAGCUUG